AUGGACGUGUCGCUUUUGCGAGUAAACACAGCACCCUUCAACUACAAUUCACCGCCAAUGUCGUUCCAGGAUUACAACACGUCGUCGCUGGCGUUGAGAAAAAGAAGGACCAUCAAGAAGUCCAUCAACUUCUCUGCCAUGAUCAUAGGUGAGUCCGGCUCCGGCCGCUCCACCUUGAUCAAUUCGUUGUGUGGUGGGAAUUCCAUCGUGCCCACGUCACUGACGGCAGGGCAGGACCCUUUUCUGAAGAAGCUCACCUUGAGACACGAGAACGUCGAAUUGGAAGAUAACGAGGGCCAUAAGAUCUCGUUGAACAUCAUUGAUACGCCCAAUUUCGCCAACGCCAUCAAUUGCGACGACGACUUUAAAAUUAUCGUGGAUUUUAUCAGACACCAGUACGACGAGGUGCUCUUGGAAGAGAGUAGGGUCAAGCGUAACCCUCGGUUCAAAGAUGGCAGGAUCCACGUGUUGAUUUACUUGAUCAACGCCACGGGCCACGGUCUCUCAGAAAUUGACGUGAAGUUCUUGCAGCACGUCAGUGGGCUCGUAAAUGUGAUACCUGUCAUUGCCAAAGCAGACUCAUUGACCCCUGCAGAAUUGAAAUUGAACAAGAGACUCAUCUUGGAGGACCUCAACAACUACAAGAUUGAAUAUUACAAGUUCAACGAGUACGAGUACGAGGAAGACUAUAUCGACGACGAGAUCAUCGAAUAUAAUAAAUAUUUGAACUCCUUGAUCCCCUUCGCCAUCAUUGGUGCCAACAAGUUCCAGGAGCUGGGUGAUGAAGACGAUCUCUUGAAGCUAAGAGUUUUGAACCCAGCAUACGCGAAGCCCAUCAACAUUGAGUUGCCCGAAUUCAAUGACUUCACGAUAUUGAAGAAUAUUCUUUUGAUCACACAUCUCAACGAAUUUAAGGAGAGGACACACGACGUCAUUUACGAAAAUUACAGAACGGAAGCGUUGUCGGGUAAGAAGUUUUCCUACAGCAAUUACGACGGAAAUGAGGAGGAUGGCUCAAAUAAGGACGAUGAGUCAGCCAGCUAUCUAAUGAAAGAGGAACAGAUCAAGUUGGAGGAAGAGAGAUUGAAAAAAUUCGAAGAAAGAGUGCAUCAGGAUUUGAUCAACAAGAGAAAAGAGCUCUUGGAAAGAGAAAAUGAGUUGAAGGAGAUCGAAAAGAGGCUACUCGCAGAGGGGUUGAAGCUCAACGAAGAAGGUGAAGUGGUCAAGAUAGACGAGUGA